ACCAUAUGGGUUGCUUUGAAAGUAAAAAUGUGCAAACGCCUAACAGAGAGCCUUCAUUUGUGAGGAGAGAUAAUCCUCCCUUUACUCCCAGUAAAUCAGCAAAUGCUCCGAGGUCGAUUAUGAUUCAACAACUGACUAAAACUAAGUUUGUGCCAAAAGAGCCAAACUGGAACGAUAAGAGUGAUAAUGAGCUUGAAUGCAUUAUUUGCUUAGAGAUAAAGAAGGACUCAUCAAUUUCUAGCUGCUGCAUAAAUAUCAUUUGAAAUGAUUGUACUAAAAAUCUAAAUGGGACAUGCCCACUGAGGUGCAAGAAACUAUCAGCACAAUUUAAGGCAUCAAUUAAACUGAAUAAGAGAAUCAAUAAAGUGUUCUCUCUCUGUGAUGUCUGCUUUGCAGAAGUUCAUCCUUGGGAUAUGGAUCGCCACCAGGAGACUUGUGGAGACCAUAUCGUAGGAAAAUCAGUAAAAGAUUCAUGCCUCCACAAUUGAACAUUGAUCAGAAAAACAACAGGAAAGCAAUGGAAAUGCUAUUCUAGAGAAAAUGCAUAUCAAGUCCACAAAGAUAAAAAAACAGAUUCCUGCUACGAAUGUGAGAAAUGCCAGAUCAAAUUCUGCACUUUCUGUGUAGCUAAAGCUAUACUACUGGGUGAUAAUAUGGAUUUAAAUGGAAAAAUUAUCAGCCCAACAGAAUCUGUAUUCUUUCCUUGCAAGAAUUCGGAAGAUAUCACUGUCGAAGAACUCGUAGCCCAAAUUCCUUCUUUCAAUCAUUUCUUCUUGCCAGUGUAAGAACAAAUCUCAUUAUAAAUCUCCAGAUGGGUAAAGAAGAUUGUCUUUCUCACAUAUAAGAAUACCUUCCCAAUCCUGACACUUUUCUGAUCUGGAAGGCUUAAC